GCUGUUUGUCGCGAGAGCGAGCGGUGGCUUCCCUCCCACUUAGAUCGUCUCCGCCGGUUGCUGGGAGGGAUCCCUUCUAGCGGGACCAUGUCUUCCAUGGGGACUCUGGCAUUUGACGAAUAUGGCCGUCCCUUCCUCAUCAUCAAGGACCAAGAGCGCAAGUCUCGCCUUAUGGGACUGGAGGCCCUCAAGUCUCACAUAAUGGCGGCAAAGGCUGUGUCAAAUACAAUGAGAACAUCACUUGGACCUAAUGGGCUUGAUAAAAUGAUGGUGGAUAAGGAUGGUGAUGUGACUGUAACCAAUGAUGGUGCCACCAUUUUAAGCAUGAUGGAUGUAGAUCAUCAGAUUGCUAAACUGAUGGUUGAACUUUCCAAAUCACAGGAUGAUGAGAUUGGAGAUGGGACUACAGGAGUAGUGGUUCUGGCUGGUGCUUUGUUAGAAGAAGCUGAACAACUGCUGGAUCGUGGGAUUCACCCAAUCAGAAUAGCAGAUGGUUAUGAGCAGGCUGCUCGAAUUGCCAUUGAACAUUUGGACAAAAUCAGUGAUAGUUUUCCAGUUGAUGUUCACAACACGGAACCUCUCAUCCAGACUGCAAAAACAACUCUUGGUUCUAAAGUAGUUAACAGCUGCCACCAACAAAUGGCUGAAAUUGCUGUAAAUGCUGUCCUGACAGUAGCUGAUAUGGAACGGAGAGAUGUUGACUUUGAGCUAAUCAAAGUAGAAGGCAAAGUAGGAGGAAGACUUGAAGACACUCAGCUUAUUAAGGGAGUAAUUGUGGAUAAGGAUUUUAGUCAUCCACAAAUGCCUAAAGAAGUGAAAAAUGCUAAGAUUGCAAUUCUUACAUGUCCAUUUGAGCCACCCAAGCCAAAAACUAAACAUAAGCUUGAUGUUACAUCUGUAGAAGAUUACAGAGCCCUGCAGAAAUAUGAAAAGGAGAAGUUUGAAGAGAUGAUUGAACAAAUUAAACUCACUGGUGCAAACCUAGCUAUUUGCCAGUGGGGCUUUGAUGAUGAAGCAAAUCAUUUACUCCUUCAGAAUAAGUUGCCUGCUGUCCGUUGGGUAGGGGGACCUGAAAUUGAACUUAUUGCUAUUGCAACGGGAGGGCGCAUUGUUCCACGGUUCUCUGAACUCACACCUGAGAAACUUGGUUUUGCUGGUCUGGUAAAAGAGAUCUCAUUUGGAACAACCAAAGACAAAAUGCUUGUUAUAGAGAAAUGUAAGAACUCCAGGGCUGUGACCAUAUUCAUUAGAGGAGGAAAUAAAAUGAUAAUUGAAGAAGCGAAACGAUCUCUUCAUGAUGCUCUGUGUGUGAUCAGAAACCUAGUUCGUGAUAAUCGUGUGGUGUACGGAGGUGGUGCAGCUGAAAUAUCUUGUGCUUUGGCAGUUAGUGAAGAAGCUGAUAAGUGUCCUUCCUUGGAGCAGUAUGCAAUGAGAGCUUUUGCAGAUGCAUUAGAAGUCAUUCCCAUGGCCCUUUCUGAAAAUAGUGGUAUGAAUCCCAUCCAAACUAUGACCGAUGUACGAGCCAGACAAGUAAAAGAAAUGAAUCCUGCCCUUGGUAUUGACUGCUUGCACAAGGGUACAAAUGAUAUGAAACAACAACAUGUCAUAGAAACUUUGAUUGGCAAAAAACAACAGAUUUCGCUUGCAACACAAAUGGUCAGGAUGAUUCUGAAGAUUGAUGAUAUCCGCAAACCAGGAGAAUCUGAAGAAUGAAAACUUAAGUUGGAACAAAAUGUAGUAAAGCUACUGCUGUGAUUAAAUAAACAGGAAUCGUGUUGCAACCACAGCUAUUUAUUAUUUUUCCCUUUUUUGACAUUGUAAUUGCUGUGUUCAAAAGACAAUAAUAAAUUAGCUGUUUAACCAUA